ACUGAGCCCUGGCUGAGCUCUGCUUUGCAUCUUGUCUGCUUUUGCUGGAUCAAGCUCCAGCCCGUGCUCUCCUUGCAGCCUCGUGGAACUGGCAGGAGGGAAAGAUGGGGCAGGAGACGAGCCCAAGAAAACGCAUGGAGAAUGAACGCUCCAUCCAGAGCAAGGAACCCAAGGUCACAAAUCUCCAGAAAGAGGUGGGCCUGUUCAGCGGCGUCUGCAUCAUCGUGGGCACCAUCAUCGGCUCCGGGAUCUUCAUUUCCCCCAAGUCUGUGCUCAGCAACACAGGAACCGUGGGGCCCUGUCUCAUCAUCUGGGCGGCCUGCGGGGUGCUCGCCACACUGGGAGCUCUGUGCCUUGCAGAGCUUGGCACGACGAUCACCAAGUCGGGAGGCGAGUACUCAUACCUGAUGGAAGCCUUCGGCCCCAUCCCUGCCUACCUCUUCUCCUGGGCCAGCUUGAUAGUGAUGAGGCCCUCAUCCUUUGCCAUCGUCUGCCUCAGCUUUGCUGAGUACGUGUGUGCGGCCUUCUACUCAGGCUGCAAGCCUCCCGAACUGGUCAUUAAAUGCCUCGGUGCCGCUGCCAUCUGGCUCAUCAUCACCGUGAACGCGCUGAGUGCGAAGCUGGGGAGCUACGUCCAGAAUUUCUUCACCACAGCCAAGAUGGUGAUCGUGGUCAUCAUCAUCAUCAGCGGCCUGGUCCUCCUGGCCCAAGGAAAUACAAAAAAUUUUGAAAAUUCCUUUGCGGGUACACCAGCAUCUGUGGGCGGCAUCAGCCUGGCCUUUUACAAUGGACUCUGGGCAUAUGAAGGAUGGAACCAACUGAAUUACAUCACAGAAGAACUAAGAAACCCAAAGAGAAACCUGCCCCUGGCCAUCAUGAUCGGGAUCCCUCUGGUGACAGUGUGCUACAUCCUCGUGAACGUCUCCUACUUCACCGUGAUGACCCCGACAGAGCUCCUGCAGUCCCAGGCGGUGGCCGUGACCUUUGGUGACCGCGUUCUCUAUCCAGCCUCUUGGGUCGUCCCACUUUUUGUGGCGUUUUCCACCAUUGGAGCUGCUAACGGGACCUGUUUUACUUCGGGCAGAAUCAUUUAUGUCGCAUCCCGGGAAGGGCACAUGCUUAAAGUGCUCUCUUACAUCAGCGUCAGGCGCCUCACGCCCGCCCCUGCCAUCAUCCUCUUUGGUAUAAUAGCAACAAUUUAUAUCAUCCCUGGUGACAUAAACAGUUUGGUCAAUUAUUUCAGUUUUGCUACAUGGUUAUUUUACGCAACAACUAUUAUAGGACUUGUUGUGAUGAGGUUUACGAAGAAAAAUCACCAAAGGCCUAUCAAGGUGCCCAUUUUCAUCCCCAUCUUUGUGAUUCUCAUAUCCGUGUUUUUGGUUCUGGCCCCGAUCAUCACUACGCCCGCCUGGGAAUAUCUCUACUGUGUGUUGUUCAUCCUGAGCGGCCUCAUAUUUUACUUCCUUUUCGUCUACUCCAAGUUUGCAUGGGCGCAGAAAAUCUCAAAGCCAGUCACCAUUUUCCUACAGAUGUUAAUGGAAGUUGUCCCACCAGAGAAAGACCUGGAGUAACAAGGGCAUCCUGUGUAUCUCACUCAAAAGUGUGAAUUUAUUUUUUACUGCUGCCUCUGCGCUUAACAUAGGAUGUACACGGCAGACUGAAUAAUAAGGCCUGCACUGCAAAGCUGAGCCCCUCCAGAACCACUGGAAGCCUGGGUGACAAGUGUCACCUUCAUCAUGGGUUGCACCACCUGCUCCCAACAACUUUCAGUGUCAUUUUAGUCACCACAAAGCAUGGGGAAUAAAAUUGUGUAUGUUGCAUCCAGUACUCGGGGAAAAUACUGUCUAUAAAAUGUAAACAGUAACAUUUCUGUGAGAACACUGAAAUUUUAUUAAAGAUAUGCUGCAAGAGCCAUUCACAUCA